AUGAGUAAAGACCGCUCAACCGAGUCGAAUGCACCUUGGGAAUUCAGGAAUACUGAUAUUUUGGGUUGUAGGUUGCCAGAAACUCGGGGACUGCGCCUACCUGAUGAGCCCCAAGAAGGGCGAAACCGGUCGUGGGCUGUCGAAGAGUUUUCAGCAACCUUGGACGGGGAAGCACUAGACUCGAACCCAUCAGCAGAGCAAAGUCGGGGAUCGAACUGCGGACAUUCGACCUGCGAGUUGAGCGUGUUAUCAUUACCCCAUCAGCGCAAAUUAGACACCUGUCCAAAUAGGUGA